ACCGCGUUCAAACUGAAAACUACUUGAACGAAGAGUCCCUGCGUGUUUAUUGUACGUUAUUUUAAAUUUCAAAUAAUGCACUGCGCAAGAUACAUUUCACGAUUUGGGUUUGCAUCAUGUGUCCGCCCGCGUUCUAUUGCCAGUCUAUGCGCUUUACCUGAAACGCACCAGCUGCUCCAAAAAACGUGUCACGACUUUGCAGAUAGUGAGCUCUUUCCGGUGGCAGCUAAGAUUGACCGAGAACAUUACUAUCCGGUUGAAGAAAUAGCUAAGUUGGGGGAUAUGGGACUAAUGUCAAUCGUAUUAAGCGAAAGAUACGGUGGGUCUGGGCUUGAUUACCUGGCGUAUGCCAUUGCUAUGGAAGAGAUUUCGCGAGGUUGCGCCUCGAUUGGAGUUACAAUGUCGAUUCACAACUCACUCUAUUUAGGAGUGUUAGAAAAGUACGGCACAGAAGAACAGAAGCAGAGGUUCAUUCCGGGAUAUACAGAUGGUAGAAAGAUAGGAUGUUUUGCAUUAUCAGAACCUGGAAACGGUUCAGACGCCGGAGCAGCAUCAACAAGUGCAAUUUUGAAAGGAGAUCGCUGGGUCCUUAAUGGAACAAAGAGCUGGAUUUCUGGUGGAUAUGAAGCCGGGAUGGGCAUUGUUUUUGCUACUACAGACAAAAAGCUUAAACACAAGGGAAUUACUGCAUUUUUAGUCCCGAUGGAUUCUUCAGGAUUAGGCCGGGGGAAAAAAGAAGAAAAACUUGGGAUAAGGGGCACUUCAACUUGUCAAUUAAUUUUUGAAGACUGUGAAAUUCCAAAAGAAAACGUGCUAGGUAAGGAAGGCUAUGGGUUCAAAAUUGCCAUGCAAUCGUUAGACGCUGGCCGCAUUGGAGUGGCGGGUCAAGCGCUUGGGAUUGCACAGGCAUCUUUGGAAUGUGCCAUCGAUUAUGCUGCUAAGCGCAAAGCGUUUGGAAAGCCAAUAAAUAAACUACAAGCUAUACAAAUGAAAUUAGCCGAUAUGUCGGUAAAAUUAGAAUCAGCUCGUUUGCUUACUUGGAGAGCUGCGUGGUUAAAAGACAAUAAUUUAACUUUUACAAAAGAGGCUGCUCAAGCAAAACUGGCUGCCUCGGAAACAGCGACUUUUUGCGCCCAUCAGUGUAUGCAAAUUCUGGGAGGAAUGGGUUACGUCUCGGAUAUGCCAGCAGAGCGUUAUUAUCGUGAAGCAAGAAUAACGGAAAUCUACGAAGGAACCUCGGAAAUUCAGAGGCUGGUAAUUGCAGGACAAAUUCUUAAAGAGUUUGGGAUAUAAAUAGGUGGUGAGAUGUGAGAUAAUCACUUCAUUUACUG